AUGCGACCCUCGGCCUGCACUGAGGUCCCGGCCGGACGCAGAGGGUCCACGCUCUUUGUUCUGAUGUUUCCAGCCCUUUUGAUCUUCGUGUCUCUGACCAAUGCGCUGGCGCAUGGUCCGCAGCGGCCCCUCGCAGUCUCUAAUGACCUGUCAUCGGAAUCUGCCCGGGUUGAUCCUGAAGACCUGUCCCCGGCGUUGAACGAUCCGGACGGGAACGAUGUUGCACCAUCGGCCAAGUUGUCGCACGCGUCGGAGACAUUGGAGGAUCUCCUGGAUGCACUCAAUGUGAUGCAAAGGGAGUAUUUUGUGUUAUGGCAAGGGACUUGGCCGUCCAGUAUUGACUGGACCGCGGCCGUUCUGGGAACACAUGUCGCUGCGACUCUGUCAUCCUUCUCAUCAAGUGCUUAUGAUAUAGAUGGCGCAAGCACGCAGGGGCUGUUCUUUCCUGCACUUGAGAACACCAUCAAUUACUUCUUCAGCCAAACAAGUGCCUUUUACUUUGGUGAGAACGCAUUCAGUUUGCGUAACCAGGCCUACGAUGACAUGCUGUGGGUCGUUCUCGACUGGCUGGAGCACGUCAAGUUUCAAAAUUUGCACUCCAGUCUUUACUACUCUGGCUCGGGCGACUCUCUCUCCAACUCGUCCUCACAGGCCUGGUAUGGCACACAAUUCCGUGAUGCGGCCGCCCAUCGAGCGCGGAUUUUCUAUGAGCUUGCCUCAGCUGGCUGGGACCAGACUCUCUGUGAUGGCGGCAUGAUAUGGAAUCCUACCUUGCUUCCCUACAAGAAUGCGAUCACGAACGAACUGUUUACUUCCGCCAGCAUCGCAAUGUAUCUUUAUUUCCCGGGCGACCCGAUUGAUUCACCCUUUGUUGUCGAGUCAUCCCGUGACGCACCUUCGCAGCAUCACCGUCACGACCCGGCUUAUUUAAAGGCGGCCAUUGACGCCUACGAUUGGCUCAAGAACUCCAACAUGACCGGUGUCGGCGGUCUCUAUGCCGACGGCUUCCACAUCAGCGGCUGGCGAAGCUCUACGCAGCCCGGGUCGCGCAAAUGCGACGAGCUGAACGAGAUGGUGUACAGUUACAACCAGGGCGUUGUGCUCAGUGCCCUUCGCGGUCUGUGGCUGGCCACGGGCGAGCUGGACUAUCUGCGGGACGGUCACGAGCUGGUUCGAAAGGCGCUGCGCGCUACGGGCUGGCCCUAUCUGUCUUCACGCAAGUGGGCAGGACUGGGGCGCGGGGGCGUGAUGGAGGACACGUGCGAUUCCCAUGCAAGCUGCUCGCAGGAUGGACAGACUUUCAAGAGUAUCUUCUUCCAUCACUUGGCCGAGUUCUGUCGACCAUUACGACCAGAGGAAGUCGCGUUCUUGGAAGGCCGGGCCGAUGAGUCCGUCCCGAGGCCAGACUGGGAGGACGCCGUGGCGCAGCACUUGGGGAUCUGCCGUGCCUAUAAGCCGUGGGUUGAGCACAAUGCGAGAGCUGCAUUGGUGACUCGCGACGAAGACGGCAAGUUUGGCCAGUGGUGGGGACUCCCGUACGGGCAGAUGGAUGUCGCGAGUGAGAUGGUCAAUAGCAGUACCCUCCCUCCCGGGGCGAAUGAUUAUCGCAACAGCGGCUUUGACGCUGCCGCCGCAGCCGCAGCUUCGCAGGUCAGCCCACGCGACUUUAAUGACCAGGGUCGUGGUCGAACCGUCGAAACGCAAGCUGGGGGUCUUGCUGUGCUCCGAGCACUCUUGCAAUGGAAAACCAGUGACGCACUGUCAUGA